GGGAUAUGGCUUCAGCCUUCCCAGUAAUUCCACUUAAAAGUAAUGAUUAACUUCAUAUCUUCUGAAGUCUGAGGCGGCAUAUGCAGAAUUUAUUGACGAGCCAAAAGGACUGUGGGACCACAAGCUCUGAAUAAGGGCUCAGGAGAAGCAGCAGUUCUCGAGAGGUCAUUUUGGUGAACAACAAGACUUAACAGACAUCUGGUUAAUGAAUCCGGCUUUAAGGUCAGCCUUCCAUCCUGUCUGCAGGAAAACACCUAGUGUGCAUUUACCGAGAGCUAAUUAGGUUUGAUGGUUCUCUAUGUUACAGAGAAAUGUGAAAGAUUUGACAAUGGGAUUCACAGCAUUGCACACGCUCUGGCUUCUGACUGCAUUUGCUUUUACAACACAAGAGUUGGUGAAACUAAGAGUUAGUCCCAAGAUUACCGCAGAGUGUGGCGAGCAAGUUACCCUCAACUGCAACACAUCCUCGGUUCAUCAUGGAAUAUCAAUCAAACUUAUGCAGUGGUUCAAAGAGGAAACACUUUUGUGUUCUGUGGACAGUAAAGGGAUCACUACUGAACUCCACAGAGCAUCUCUGAGUAACUUUACCUGUGAAUAUGAAGAUGGACGGCUGUCGCUAAUCUUCAAAAAGAUGCUCCCUCCAGAGAGCGGAAAAAAAUACACGUGUAAGCAACGCUCCAACAGAGGAGCACUCAAUGAAUCUACUAAAGUGGAGUUACAAGAGUGUGGUGGGAUCGCGGAGGGUAAAUUAACGACCACGGGACCUGUGUGCACCUUCAAGCAAGUCUACCCAGACGGAAAUGUCCACUGGUUCCACGGCUCCCGCAACCUCUCAGAUGGAUCUCUGAAACAGUACACCGGAAAAAGUGUGGACGAACAAGGCUGGCUUACUAUCCACAGUUACCUGGAGCGGAACAGUUCACACGGGCCUUACAACUGCUCCUUGAAGAGCACCGUGUCUGACAGAUACAUCGCAAGUAUGUUGAUACAGAAUCCUAAACCCCAGAAGAGCACUAGAGGAACACACUCCAACGGCAACAGAGUUACAGCCCGGGAAAGUACCAGAACAAUUUUUUGCCUUUUAAUCUUACUUCCAGUUAUAUUUAAAUAAUGGAAUUCCCACCACACAGAGUGUCACCAGACAUAGGGAAUGUGGGGAGGCAUGAAUCAAUGAUUAACACUGAUUAGAAGCAACAAGGUACUGAGACUUAUGGAUUUUUUUGUCAAAACCAGGGCGUCGAGAAUCAGAUUAAGUGAGUCAUCUUGCGUAAUCCAAAGGCUUAUCUUUCUUUCUUUGUGCUAUUGGCUGACAUGAACGAGAAAAUUACACACCACAGUGAGGUGAUAAGAAGACAGCCAGUAAUCAUAACAGUAUAAAAUGUGUUGUUGUUUGGCUUCAAUAGAGGCUAGGAGAGAAAUGCACAGUGGUUUCACGGAUCUUUUUAAGGACACAAGGAGAUGUUUAAAUGGAAACACUCUCAGAGAAAAUGCACUUUCUUAUAAUUGCUAAAGUGAUUAAAAAGUCUAUACUGGUUCAGUUUAAUCAGCAGCUAUAAACCUUUCCAUGGAUGUUUUUUUCCUCAAGCAUGUCCAGCACUGUCAUCUGUGUAAAAGUUCUCUAUGAAUGAAGACCAUAAAAGGCUCUUUGUUAGAUUUAUUUCAGAAAUACAGAACUGUCAUGUAGCAAACUCCCUUUUCUUUCAGUCAAGCAAUAAAUCUGUCUAGAGUUUGUGGACAGAUGCUGCCCUCUGGUGAUAUGUGCUGCUAACUAGUAGUAGCUGCUUUAGGAACCAUUUGGGAGCAAUAUGUUUUCAUUCAACGGGCUGAUUUACCACACUUUGCACCAGCCUGGUAAACAUAGGCAAUUUAGUUCAGAAUCAUUAAUUCCAGGUGAGAGCUGAUCGAUAGAAAGUAAAUCAAAUAUCAAAAUAGUUACAUCACAGGAAAGCACAGGAGAAAAUGUUGUGGUAAUUUCACUUGCUGUCAGACUUAAACAAUGGAAAUGGAAAAGAAAAAAAAUACACAACAUGAACUGUAAUCAGACACGGGGGUGAAGCAAUGAAGUUUUGAGAUUCAUGGGGGUUCAUCUUGAACUACAAACCUUCAAUACACACUUUCUUUUCAGCAGUGUGUUUACAUUUUAAACAGAGCGAUGGAAAUAUCUUUUGAAGUAUGUGUGAGGUCCGUCUCUGGAGCACUGCUUUAUGUGUGUAGCUGUUCAGUCCCAUGAAAAUAAAACUCUCGGCCACAAUGUAGACUGUAAAAGAUGACCUCUUUGGCCAGUUUCCUUCUGAAACACGUCAUAGUCCAGGACAUAUUUGAACUGUUAGUCAAGCAACAAGUAAUAGCAUGCAUGUUCAAAAUGCAGAUUAAAGUUUCUCUUUUUUUCUUUUCAUUCGCUAAAAAGUGAUAAUAGCCAGCUCGUUUGACUGGGGCUGUUCUUUAAGUAGCUUGUAACACACCACACAUGAAAACCUGUUCAUGCAAUGCUCCUGGGUCUUUGACCCGGUGUUUUGAGUUUAUUCUUUAUUAAGUCUCCGUCUCUGGUGUUCUGCUACUUCCUGUUUUAUAUUGCCAGUCCCUCAUCUUGUGUGCUUUGUGAAAACGUUUGCUUCCCAUGUCUUGUUUUCCCUGAUUUGGUUCACCUGUGUUCCUUAGUGUCUUCCUUUUUCCUAAUUACCUCCUGUGUGUACUUAAGACCCCAGUUUCCUGUAGCACUUGUUGUGACCUCCCUCAUGUUGUGUGCUCAGUGUGUUUCUUAGUUCCUUGUACUGUAUGUAUUUCUGGCUUCUGCCCCCAUAUUAUAUGUCUCUUGUACUUUUUGGCAAGUUUACAGCACUGAAGCUGCCUUCUUUAGUUCAUUUUCCCAAAUUAUGAGUCCUGCAUCCGAGUCUGCAAUCUUCCUGCCACACAACACUUUAUGACAGGUCACCUUAGUUUCAUAAAAAUGCUUACAGUAAACUUGAGCAAGAAUAUUGCUUCAAGUCAUUAUUCAUGCUCCUCAUCUUUCAGUUUGCUUUUCAAUCUCUGACUAGUGAGUUCUAAACGCCAGAGGACAAACCCCGCUCCAAGGCAAAAACUGAGCCUUUUAACGGCUCACUGCACCCUCUUCAGACAGAACAUUUGAGAGGCUUUUCAAGUCAGAGUGACUCUCAGCUAAUGCUCUCACUAAAGCGGUGUCAUGUAGCAGACUGGCUGAGAUCUAGUGGGUAAACCAAUCCAAGGUCACAUAUUUGAGAGCUGACAGAUGCAUCCAGUUACAGUACAAACCUGACACAGUAUACACAGACAGAUGCACAGCACACACAUCUACACACAUGCAAUGUCCUGACCACAAAUGGAAGCCUAACUAAUGCCUGCCUAACACAAACCAUCGUCUUGACAAUAAAAAUGUUUUUACAAUAAUGUGGUUUUAAUGUCCAUAACUGGGACUUACUUACUUUCCACCCCAUAAUUGGGGAGCUCUAUAAACAAAUGUAUAUUCCCGCAGUGUCACAGCACAUCAGUCCUGAUAUGUUUUAUGAAAAUGUUUGUGUUGUUUUAAUGUGUUUUGCACCAAAAUUGAUCUGUCACAUAUUUAACUUUGAAAAAUAAUGCUAAUGAUGCAAAUUAAGUGUUCUUGCAGAGAGCAAAGCAAAUUACAGAAAUGUCAGCAAAGUAAUUCUCUUGCAGACU